AUGUCGAUCAAUUCAACUGAUGAUCAGUAUCAGUUUAAUAUGGAUGACCCUUUGUGUGCACAGUACGAAACGUACACGUUGGGACGAUUCAUCUAUAUAAUAAAAGCCACACUGAUUGCCACAUUAGGAACUAUAGCCAAUGCCGUCCUCGUUUACGUUUUUUGCACAAAGAGGGCUAAGAGUACUCCUGCCACUCUGUAUCCCACCGUCUUGGCUAUUCUUGACUUAUCCAUAUGCUUUGAAUACAUUUUAUUAUUUGGAGUCGAUGCUAUCGUUAGUUAUGUGAAAAUUGAGAGCUUGUUCACUUUGUAUUAUUUAUAUAUAAUUCCUGCUUAUGUGCUGAGUCGAAUAACGCAACUAGCCAUACCAUAUAUGCUCAUCUUUGCAACUCUAGAACGACUUGUUUGGACAUAUGGAAAGAUUAAAAAUAAGUAUCUGAAAGUGCUAUACUCUACAUCUGGAAGACAUUGGACUGUGAUAGUUACGAUGACUAUUUGUUGUCUCCUUAGGCUCCCAACUGCUAUUGCCAUGGAAGUUGGAUCGUAUCCGUUGUGCGAUGAUUUCUUCCGUACCUUAACAACACAACCAAGGAGUUGGGUGAGCCAGAGCACUUUCUAUCAAUUUUUCGACUUCGACAUCAUGACUGUAGCCCAAACUUGUAUUCCGUUUUUUCUGCUGAUCGUGCUGAACAUGAUAAUUGUAAAAAAGUUCUGCGAGAAGAACGAAACCAAACGAGACGAUUUGAGUGUUUGCAGCAACUCUCCACCGCCAUCCCAAUCGGCUCAAAAACAUUUGUUAUUGGACGAUUCUCCACGGAAAAUCUCAGCUUUAGUGACUUUGCAACCUCUGCGAACGAUGAGUGACAGCGUACGGAGUGCCAUCUAUACCAUGGCAGCUAUUGUUUUCAGUUAUUUAAUCUCAAACACAUUACAUCUCGUUCUGACAAUACUGGAGAGAACCCAUCACCCUCUGUUAAUUGAUGAAGAGGAUGCUUUGAAGUCAUCCACGUUUCAUACGUUCUUCUCGGAUAUGGUUUCAUUCGUUUACAUGUUCACUUCAGCGAUACGAAUUCUUAUCUACUACGGAUGUAAUCCUGUUAUUCGGAAAGAUAUACAGCAGUUCUUUCAUAAAAAACAUAAAACAAUGGCUGUCGAUGUAUAA